AUGGCCGACGAUCCCCCAAUGAUACGUUAUACGGAACCUAACCAGGAAACACCUCAGGAUGAACCACCCAGUCAGACGAGCACUGGUGGCCAGCAGACCGGUCGCCACACGCCGGGGCGACGAGUGAUGUUCCACGCCUCGGUCGACGAAGGAGCAGAGCAGCGCGCACGAGAGCGCUCAGAAGAACGGCAUCAAUUAGACGAGGCCGGGAUUGAUCCGGCGGCAUUCCGCACGCUUGCCACCGCGCUUGCCCAACACCGCCGCAGCGAGGAGACGGAGACGCCGACGUCGGCAACUCCCAUGACGAACGCGCCGCCAUUAGCGCCCGAACCGACAGCGGAGCAGGCUGCCGAGUCGGCGCAGCAGGAGCGCCUAACGGAGAACCGCGAGGUGUACAUCGACCCGGAUGAGCGCGCCGGUCUGCCCGCGCCUCUCGCCGGCGACGAUCGCAACGAGCACGACCUCGCUGCCGGCCUCGUGCGCGCACAUACACGGCGUGGGCUCUUCGGCAAAUUCCGGCUGCCGUCUAAAUCGGCCAAGACGGCGCAGGUGCGGGAGAAGGAGAGCUAUGGACGGGGGCGGGGACGCAACUACGGCGAUCAGACGCCGGACAUCGAGCAUGUUGCCGCGAGCAGGACCAACGGUCUGCAAGCCGGCGGCGGCAUCUUAAGCGCCCUCCUCGCGCUGUACGGGCAGGACGACAAUAUGUCUGAUACGACGUCUGUGAGCACAUCCCGGCCCGGAACCCCUGCUCCUCGUGGAUCAGGCAGGAUAUCCCGCGACUCGACACCAGAGCGAAGCGGGAGGAGCAGAAGGCGCAUCCAUAUGCCGAACGUCCCCCAGAUGUUCAACAUGGAGCGCCGUCCGUCUGCCGAGCGCAACGGUGCCGGCGUGCUUGGACCCCUCAUCGCGACUACGGCGAAUAUCUCGGCUGCAGCGGCACCAGCGAACAGUACCAUUGUCCCCAAUAUCAAGCGGCCCGGGUACAAGCUUUCGCGCUAUUCACUUGACGCGGCAGAGGACCCUCAGGCGUUCCGUCCACGGGCUCAUGGAGGAUCUAAAUCCGAGACGCUCGUACCAGGCGCGAACGGCCAGUUCUUCUCCAACUCGCCGCUUGCGACGCCAGCAUACGAGAAUGGGCCAGGGCAACAGUCCAACCGUACAUCCACGGGCGGCAGCUUCCCGUUCCAUGCUGCGUCGAAGAGCGUCGAUCAUGCCAACACGUCGAGCGGGGACACUGCGCCGACGCCGAGCUACAAAAGCAAGUGGGGCGCCAUGAUGCAGGACUUGCCCGCUUUGCACACACCCGGGCUGUACGCGCCCCAUACGCCCAAUGGAGCCCGGACGCCCGCUACGGAAACCGAUACGGAUGGCGAGCACGACUACUUCAAUGACAAGCGAAGGCACGAUCGUGAGCGUCGGAAGCACAAGAAGAAGGCGGAGAUCUUCAUUACGCGGCAUAUUAGCGACCUUUUGGCGCGACAGACGUUCAUCUGCAAGCUCGCGCGCGCGAUGAUGAUGUUCGGCGGGCCGACGCAUCGUUUGCAGGCGCAGAUCUUGAGUACGGGGCGCGUACUUGAGGUGUCGCUCAGUUGCAUGUAUCUGCCCGAUACGAUGCUGCUCAGCUUCGACGACGAGAUUACGAGCACGAGUAAUAUCAAGCUCAUCAAGCAGGCUUCUGCGCUCGACUUGACGAAGUUGACAUAUGCGUACAAGACGUACUGGGCGGUCAUCCACGACGAGAUCAGCGUCAAGGACGCGAGCACAGAGCUAGAUGACCUUAUGCGCGCCAAGAGCACCUACCCGACAUGGGCGCUCGUCUUCUUUGGCGGCAUGGCAUCGGCGGCGAUCUCGGUCAAUUCGUUCAGCGGCAGCUUUAUCGACGCGCUCGUGUGCUUCCCGCUCGGAUCUCUGCUCGUGUUCAUUCAGACACAGAGCGGUAAGAACGAGCUGUACUCGAACAUGUUCGAGAUCAGCAUGUGCACGCUUAUCUCGUUUAUUGCGGCUGGGCUGUCGCAGACGCAUAAGCUGUGCUUUCCUGCUAUUGCUUCCGGAUCUGUCGUGCUUAUUCUACCCGGUUACAUCGUUUUAUGCGGCUCACUCGAGCUCUCCUCACGCAACAUCGUCUCAGGCUCCGUUCGGCUCUGCUACGCGAUCAUCUACUCGCUCUUCCUCGGCUUCGGUCUCGCCAUCGGUCUCGAGAUCUACGAGAAAAUAACGAACAGCAACAUCGCAAGCUCAGCAAUCGACUACACCUGCUCCAGCUCGCACGACCAGAGCAAGUGGUAUCGCGCAACGCCGAGUCUGUGGUGGAACUUCCUGCUGGUGCCGAUGUAUGCGCUCUUCCUGUCGCUGCGCAAUCAUGCGCCGUACAACCGCAAGGAGAUCUUCUUGUUGGUCGGGCUGGCGUGUGUCGGAUGGGUGACGAAUCAUUUCGUCACGACCGCGUUUCCGAACCAGAACGAUAUUUCGGCGGCGGUUGGGGCGUUUGCUGUGGGAUUCUUGGCGAAUGUGUACGGACGGUUCUUCAGGGGGAACGCGUUCGUUAUCAUGAUCACGGGCAUCAUGUUCCAGCUCCCCUCGGGCCUCAGCAACGGCGGCCUCAUCACGUUCGCAAGCAACAGCACGGACGGAGACAGCAACAGCUACCUCUCCGGCUUCCAAACGGCCCUUCAGCUCGUAUCGACGUGUAUCGGUAUGACUGUCGGCCUCGGUAUAUCCCUCGUCGUUGUGUUCCCUAUUCAAAGCCGGAAACGCGCUGGCGGCGUUUUCAGCUUGUAG